UCAGGGCUUUCAGCUCAUCCUGGAUCUCGCUCUUUUACUUUCCCUCUCCUGUUCGCUCUCCAACACACACACACACACACACACAGACACACACACACACACACACAAACACACUUCGAGGCAGGCAUUCAGGCAGGAGGGCUUCUCUGUCCCAGACACGCUGUCUGCCUCACUCGUCUGGGACAGUAAAGCAAAAGAGUGACGGGGGAGAACGAUAGACGGUGAGAGGGGAAGAGAAAGAGCAAGAGAGAGAGAGAGAAAAAGAGAGAGAGAGAGAAAGAGAGAGAGGAGGAGAGUAAAACCAUGCUUCUGCUUUCCAAAGGAACAGCUCAAGGUUGAGCGAAGGAAGAGAUGGAAAACGGAGAGAGAGAGAAGAGGAGGACGAGGAGCUGAGGCGAGGGAGAGAGAGUCAUCCCUCGUUCGAAGAGGCUGCUGCUUAUGCUGCUGCAGAGCUCUCUCUCUUUCCCUCUCUCUCUCUUUUUCUCUCUGUCUCUCUCAUCUGUCCGUACUGAGGAUGCUCCGCUAACCGUCAUCUCCGUGGUUCAGCGUGAUAACCUGCAGCGCCUCUUGCGUGCUUCUGGAGAGAAAAAUCAUUCUAACGUGGCUGGAUUUAUCCCACUUCCUUUCUCUCCCUCUCCACCACCACUAAGGAACGCCUCAGACAAGCAAAUGCUAUCUGGGAAGAAGACGCUUGGAUUUUCUCUCCUUCCUUAAGGAUAUACACUAUAUAUAUUUUUGCUUUCCAAAAACAAAAAUUCUAAGGGCAUACUUCUCUUCUUUUAUCCCUCAGGGUUAGAAAAAAUAAAACUGUUUAUGAUUAUGCUGGUUUGGUGAUCCUUACUGGAUGUAACCCCCCAUUCAGCAUUGCUCGAUUUGGAACGCCAACACGCUGACCUAUUGCCCUCCAUGGUUUCUGCCCAUGUGAAGAAGCUAUCGUCUUAUAUUUUUAAGAUUUGCAAAGGAAUGUUUACAAAGAAAUUGGCAAAUACCACGAAAAAGAAAGAAAAUAGUGAAAACAAAAAAGACCCUCGGAUAUCACCCGAACUGCAUGCUCGAAAUCUGACUUUUUCCACCACCUUAAAAAGCACAGUCAAAAAGAUUUCUAAAUGCUCGUCCGCACGGAACCUAUCAACUGAGGAAGACGACAGGAGGAACGACUGCUCUUCUCUUUCGCCUACAUUCAGUUACCGAGUAGCAAUCGCUAAUGGACUGCAGAAGAACACUCCCUUACUAAACAAUAAUGAAUUUCAUGAAGUGUUGUCCAUCGACAGUAGCUACACUGACUCUUUAAACGAGGCCAAACUUGUCCACAGAUUCGAUGAACAUAAAGCCUACACAAUGCCAGUAAGAAGGAACAGGAAGAGUAUGAUUAGUUUGGCGCCUUCUGAUGGCAGCUCUGAGGGGGAGCGAGGAGAACGAAGCAGUCUCCACGCUCUCCGACUUGGUGCUCUGAAAAAGCUUCGGAAAUGGAAGAAGAGCCAAGAAUGUGUUUCUUCGGAUUCCUCUGAGGCUAGCACAUGGAGAAAGACGCUUGGCAUAAGAAGCAAGUCUCUGGAUCGGGCCGGGAGGCAGCAGAAAACCACUACCCUGGAACCGGGAUCUAGCUCCACAGGCUGCAUCAGUCAGACCCAAGAUGUCAUGGAGAUGAUCUUCAAAGAGCUUCAGGGAAUCAGCCAGAUCGAGUCAGAGCUCUCCGAGCUUAGAGGGCAUGUCAAUGCUUUGAAAAGCUCCAUCGAUGAGAUCUCCAGCAGUGUGGAGGUAGUGCAGAGUGAAAUCGAGCAACUUCGCUCAGGAUUCGUGCAAUCCAGACGAGAGACGCGAGACAUCCACGACUACAUCAGGCAGCUGAGCCACCAAACCAACAAAGCGACUCUGAGAUUCGUGAAUGUGCCUGAGGAAAAAUUUGAAAGAACCGAGGAACUUAUUUAUCACAUUUUAAAAGAGAAAAUGGGUUUUGUUGAAGCACACAAGACACUUAAAAUUGAACUUGCCCAUCGAUUGGGGCAACAAAGGGAAUGUUCAAGUGCUAAACCGCGCCCUAUUAUAGUUAUUUUUUCAAACACUCAAGACAGGGAUUUAGUUUUGAAAAAGUGUUACAAGCUCAAAGGCACUGGAAUAUCAAUCUCUACAGAUAGUCUUGCACAGGAGUCAAAAGACAGGAAAGAUCGGGGGAUGACAUCUUCUCAGACCUAUGAGAGCAUGGACAUGAAAGUGUCAGGGGCCAAAGACAAAGCCGAGACUGAUGACUGGGAUUCGAUGGACAGUGAUAAAGAACUUGACGAAUUAAGCAAAAAUAAAUAUGCAAUUGUGCCCAAACCACCUCAGAAAACUAAAUCCGACAAAAAAAAGUCUCAUGAUCACCGGUCGACAGAUGACACCACGUACUCGGUGCAUUACGCUGAUGAUGCUGUUUAUGAUGACAAGCAAAACAAGGCUUAUUACACCGACAUGACUCCAGGAUGGCUCUCGCAGAGCGAUUACUCUACUCCUAAGCUCAGUCGCUCCGAGUCAGACUGCUCCAAACUAUGCCCGUCUUACUCUGAAGAUUUUUCUGAGAGCCAGUACUUUACCAGAGUUAAUGGAUGUUCCCUGCUCUCUUCGUCGGAUCAGGAGCUCUGGCAGCGUAAACAGGAGGACAUGGCUUCUUCCUGGUAUGCAAGUCCACCCAGUCAAACCCUAAGUCAGGAAAACCCGCCGUAUGUAGAGCACAAUGAGGUUGAGACCACAGAGACUAUAGACAGUGGUGUCAGUAAUGGUCUGGUGUGUGUAUCAGGGGACAGAAGUCACUACAGUGGCUCCCAACUUUCUUUGCAAGGUGACCUUUCACCAUGGAAAGACUGGCAUCACCUUGAACAAGGAGCUGACUCCGGAUUGGAUGCCUCAACUGAACAAAAUAUAGUCUCAGCAAUCAGUAGCCCAUUCGACCCUGCUGCUAACCCAGGUUUCCCUGAAAAAAUUACAAAAUGCCUUGAGGUUGAUUUGCAGUUUGAAGGUGAGACGUUUUUGACAUUCGACAGUACACCUGAGACAGCCCAAGAACCUGAGUUAGAUCUUGAGCCAGAACCUGAAGCAGAACUUGAGCCAGAACCUGAGAUAGAAGCAGUAAUAGAGCCAAUGCAAGUGCAAGUACCUGCACCAGAACCAAAACCAGAAAAGAAACCUAAGACCAAGCCAAAAACACUAUCCAAACCAGAGUCAGCUCCGCAGACUCUGCAACGCCAGGAGAGUAAAGGGAACCAACUUCAGCAAAAUCAAAAGUCUUCCACUAUGUACCGUAGCCAGAGUGAAAUCAGAGUUGAAAAGGUUGAAGAAGUCCCCAAAUCUUGGAGCAGCAGACUGAGCAUUGACUUGUCUGAAAAAACCUUCAGCUUUGGAGGCUUUGGCUCGACUUUACAGAGGGCCAAAUCAGCUCUGGAAGUUGUCUGGAACAAGGGCUCUCAAAGCUCAAGUGCUCCUGCAGAAGAGCCAAGUACUAUUCCAUUCAUAGGCCGGUUCAGAACUAUGUCUCAGUCAACAGCUAACGAUUCCAGUACCACUAUUGACUCUGAUGUCUACAAUGAACCCUCCUACUUCAAAGCGGAUGAGAAUGAACAAACCACGGAGCAACCUGUGGACAAUGAAACACAUUACGUUGAAGUGAUGGAGCAAGUUCUAGCCAACCUCGAGAAUAGAACGAAUGCCAAUGAGGCAGAGGAGGAGUACCAAGAAGACGAGGAUGAAGGCUCACAAGAAUAUGACAUUUUGCAGGAAGGGAACCCAGUUUUAGAAUAUGACUGUAGCUUAGACGAGCAGUACGAUGAAGAAUACAGCGAAGGCUACGAUGAAAACCAAAUGACAGAGGAUAGGGACGAGUACGAGGCCAUGAUCGAAUACAUAGAAGACACGGAGGAGGCAGCGGAUGAUGCUGACGAACAAGAGGAGGAAGAAGCCGAAGUUAAGGCAAAGGUGCAGGACAUGGUACAGGUACAAGGAGCAGAGGAGGAGAAAGAAACGAUGACUCAGGAAGACGAGAACAAAAACGUCACAGAAACUCCGGCACCGGUAGAGGAACCGGCGCCCAAGAAAAGAUUACGCCCAACAUUUAAAGAAGCUGCUUUGAGAGCCUACAGGAAGCAAAUGGCUGAGCUUGAGCAGCAGAUUCUGGCUGGAGACAGCGCUGCUUUGGACUCACAGGGUCUGGAUCCAGCCAAGCUUGGCCUAAGCACUGGAGGAGCUGGCAGUAUUCUUUACGGCAUCGACAGCAUGCCAGAUUUACGCCGUAAGAGGACUGUUCCCAUCGUCCGCGACCUGGCUUUGACCUUGGCUGCUCGAAAGGCAGGCAUCUCGUUUGCGCUCGUGACCAGAUCCACCCUCAACAACGAGGACCUGAAGCUGCAGGUGUUGAGGAAGACUCUGCAGGCACUGAUCUAUCCCAUAUCCUCCACCACACCGCAUCAUUUCGAGGUCUGGACGGCGACGGCUCCCACCUACUGCCCUGAGUGUGAGGGUCUGCUGUGGGGAAUCGCACGACAGGGAAUGAGAUGCACUGAGUGUGGAGUCAAGUGUCACGAAAAGUGUCAGGAUCUACUAAACGCCGACUGCCUGCAGCGUGCAGUCGAGAAAAGCUCGAAGCACGGCGCCGAGGAUAAAACCCAGAACAUCAUCAUGGCCAUGAAGGAAAGGAUGAAGAUCCGCGAGAAGAACCGGCCAGAAGUGUUCGAGCUCAUCCAGGAAAUGUUCCAGCUCUCGAAAGAAGACUUCAGCACUCACUUGAAGAGCGCCAAGCAGGCCGUGCUCGAGGGGACGUCCAAAUGGUCGGCCAAAAUCGCCAUCACCGUAAUGUGUGCUCAAGGACUUCAGGCGAAAGACAAGACGGGCUCGAGCGACCCUUACGUCACCGUGCAAGUGGGCAAAACCAAGCGCAGGACCAAGACUAUCUUUGGCAACCUGAACCCCAUCUGGGAUGAGAAGUUCCUCUUCGAGUGCCACAAUGCUACGGAUCGUAUAAAGGUGCGAGUUUGGGACGAAGACGACGACAUCAAGUCUCGCGUCAAACAGCAUUUCAAAAAGGAGUCGGACGACUUCCUGGGACAGACCAUCAUCGAAGUGCGCAUGCUGAGUGGAGAGAUGGACGUGUGGUACAACCUUGAGAAAAGAACGGAUAAGUCGAUGGUGUCAGGAGCGAUCCGGCUGAAGAUCAGCGUGGAGAUGAAGGGCGAGGAGAAAGUAGCUCCUCCACAUGGACAGUACACCUGCUUACAUGAGAACCUGUUCCACUACCUGACUGAGUUGAAGAAUAACGGAGCUGUGAAGAUCCCGGAGGUGAAAGGGGAUGAAGCGUGGAAGGUUUACUUCGAUGCCGUCUCUCAGGAGAUCGUGGACGAGUUCGCGCUUCGCUUUGGAGUUGAAUCCAUUUACCAGGCCAUGACUCAUUUUUCCUGCCUGUCAUCAAAGUACAUGUGUCCUGGAGUGCCGGCUGUUAUGAGUAACCUGUUGGCCAACAUUAACGCCUACUUCGCUCACACCACCACCAACACCAACAUCUCAGCCUCAGAUCGCUUCGCUGCUUCCAACUUUGGGAGAGAGAAAUUUGUGAAACUCUUGGAUCAGUUACACAACUCUCUGAGAAUUGAUCUCUCCAAAUAUCGGGAUAAUUUCCCGGCUGGAAAUCCAGAAAGGCUUCAAGACCUUAAAUCCACAGUAGACCUUCUGACCAGCAUCACUUUCUUCAGGAUGAAGGUGCAGGAGUUGCAGAGUCCACCGAGAGCCAGCAUGGUGGUGAAGGACUGUGUGAGAGCGUGUCUAGACUCCACCUAUAGAUACAUCUUCGACAACUGCCAUGAACUCUACAACCAGCUGCUCGACCAGACGAGGAAGCAGGACCUGCCACGUGAGGAACAAGGACCGUCUAUUAAGAACUUGGAUUUCUGGCCAAAACUCAUCACGCUGAUGGUGUCAGUAAUUGACGAGGACAGGAUGGCGUACACACCCGUCUUUAAUCAAUUUCCGCAGGAGUUGAACAUGGGCAGGAUCAGUGCAGAGAUCAUGUGGAACCUGUUUGCUUUGGACAUGAAGUACGCCAUGGAAGAGCACGAGAAACACCGGCUGUGUAAGAGCACCGAGUACAUGAAUCUGCACUUCAAAGUCAAAUGGUUCUACAACGAAUACGUACGAGACCUUCCGGCCUUCAAGGGGACACCUCCAGAAUAUUCCCUGUGGUUCGAGCCUUUUGUGAUUCAGUGGCUGGAUGAGAAUGAAGACGUUGCCAUGGAUUUCCUCAACGGUGCCCUGGAGAGAGACAAAAAAGAUGGGUUCCAGCAGACGUCUGAGCAUGCUCUGUUCUCCUGCUCCGUGGUGGACGUGUUCACGCAACUCAACCAGAGCUUCGAGAUCAUCAAGAAGCUUGAGUGCCCGAACCCUCAAGCCCUCGCUCACUUCAUGUGCAGAUUUGCUAAAACGAUCAACAAAGUGCUCCUGCAGUACGCCGCCAUCAUCUUGAAGGACUUCAGUAACCACCUGAACAAAGAGAAAGUGCCCUGCAUCCUCCUGAACAACAUACAGCAGCUUCGUGUUCAGCUGGAGAAGAUGUUCGAGUCGAUGGGAGGGAAGCAGGAGGAAGGGGGUGUGGCCUUCUGUAAGCUGAAUGCUGAGGCAAGUGAUUUGCUGAAGGAGCUCCAGAAUAAACUCAACACGGUUCUGGAUGAGCUCAGCGCCAUGUUCGGCUCCAGCUUUAAGCCCGUCAUUGAGGACUGUGUGAAACAGAUGAACCAGGAGCUGAUGACGAUGAAGAGCAAUGCUGCCAACAAGAGCAACCCUGCCAUGGACGCCGAGACGGUCCUCCGUCCUCUCAUGGACCUGCUAGAUAAAAAUCUCAUCCUGUUCGCUAAGAUUUGUGAGAAGACGGUGCUGAAGCGGGUGCUGAAGGAGCUCUGGAAAAUCGUCCUGAACACCAUCGAGAGGCAGAUCGUCCUCCCACCGCUGUCCGACCAAACACAAGGAGCUCAGAUGAUCUUCAGUGCAGCCAAGGACCUGGGCCAGCUCUCCAAGCUGAAGGAACACGUGAUUCGUGAGGAGACUCGCAGCCUGACGCCUCGCCAGUGUGCAGCCAUGGACCUUGUGCUUCCCACCAUCAAGCAAUAUUUCCAUGCUGGAGGAAACGGCCUGAAGAAAACCUUCUUGGAGAAAAGUCCUGAAUUGAAGUCUUUGAAAUAUACGCUUAGCCUUUACGCCCAACCCACAGAUGCCUUGAUCAAAAAGUAUAUAUGCACCCAGAUGUCUCAAGGUCAGUCAUCGUCCAGUUCGGUGGGAGAAGUGGUGAUGCAUGUGGAUCUCAUUUCUCACCCUGGUACCGGAGAACAUAAAGUCAAUGUGAAGGUGGUGGGUGUGAACAACAUCAACUGGCAGACGAACACCAUGUUCCGACCGUUCGUGGAAAUCACUGUCAUUGGGCCGAACCUCGCAGACAAGAAACGCAAAUACAGCACCAAGACCAAGAACAACAACUGGUCACCUAAAUACAAUGAAACAUUCCAGUAUAUCCUGAGCAGCGAGCACGGCCCAGAGGUGUACGAGCUGCACGUGUCGCUGAAGGACUACUGCUUCGCCCGCGAAGACCGCGUCAUCGGCGUGACGGUGCUGCCGCUGCGUGACCUGAGCGACAAAGUCAGCCUGAACGCCACGUAUCCUCUGAUCCGCAGCAUCACCAUGGACGAGACGGGCCUCACCAUCAUUAGGAUCCUCUCGCAACGGACCAACGACGAAGUGGCCAAAGAGUUCGUCCGCCUCAAAUCGGAAACGCGCUCGACCGAGGAAGCGUCCUGAAGGAAGGAUGAAAGGAUUUCGGUGGAAAAGGAACAAAAAUGAAUAGAACAAAACAAGAAAAAAAACCCAAAAGGAGGUGAGAAGAACAUGCGAGGACGGCGGAGACGUUACGGAGGACGUGGGACAGAGUCGUGUUGUUCGUUUCUGUGCAUGUGUGUAAAACAUCUGUCGGAAUGUUCAUUCAGAAAAAAAAGCGUAUGUACUACAAGUGUUUACCUGCUGUAUGCUCACUAUCAAAUAUUCUACUUUACGUUAACAAAACGUUCGAACGGGACGUUUUUUUUUUCUUUUUUGUAUGAAGACUAGUCUUUUUUUUUAACAAAUAUUUGUUCAGAUAAAGUGCCAAACCUGAUAUGAGAUAAAAAAAAAAAAAACAAUUAUCAAAAAAAAUCAUAACGGUUAAUGGUAAUGUUGGUGAUGUUUUUAAAUUUGCCUGAUUCUUUUCUCUGUGUGUGUGUGUGUGUGUGUGUGUGUGGGGAUCAUAACCUCUUGAACUGAGUAGCAUUUUGUCUCGUCUUUUUUUUUUUUUUUUCGUUUUCCCAUUCACGUUUCACGCUUUUUUUAUUCCCUCGACUCUUUUUUAAAACAUUUUUUCAAAAAGAAAUAAAAAUAAAACUAAACGGCGAGGACUGCUACCUGCUGCUGUCAAAUUCUUCGUAGGCGUUUGUAAUUUUAUAGCCACUGACAACAGCGAGGGCCGCCUUCAGUGCUGAGCAGAACAGGAUGCUGGGGGUUUCACGCUGUUUCAUUGUUAAUUGUUGCAUUUCUUUCUUUCUUUAAUUCUUUCUUUCUAUAACUCCAGGCUUUCCUACUCUUCCUUUUCCGGCUUUCUCCAGCCUUUCAGAAUGAUCACUGUGAACAUGCGCAUUGAAAGGCAAUCUCCAGCAUUUUUCAGCCUCAUCAUCGGUUCUGGUUCUGGUUCUGGUUCUGGUUCCGAUCUUUUCUCAAUUCUUCUCUUUCUUCAGUUUAUUUCAUCGUUUUAAUAAUAACUGCCAAAGUUAUAUUUAAAGAAAAAAAGAGUUGUACAAAAGCAAUCCAUGACCUGUAUUCAGAAAAUUAUAUGCGAUCAUGCGAAGUCGGUUUGUUUGUUUGUUGGUUUGUUUGUUUGUUUGUUUGUUUGCAAUGCCGUGUCUGAUAGGUGAUGAAGCGAUUUUCCAAACUGCAGAUCUUUAUUUCCGUGAAGUUUUCCCUGUUCUCCGGGUCACACGCGCGUUGUCUCGAUCUGUUCAUUUUUCCUUUCCGAUUUUUCUUUACAGAGGAAAGAAUUUAAUAUUUGGUAAUUAUGCAACAUUCCUAUGUAUUGCACUGAUGGCGAACUGUAUGUCAUGUAAAUAUAUUUAGUGAGAAAUUGU